CCCAGGGGCCCUUGCAGCAGGCCCCGGCUGCCAUUGGCUGCAGGCGGCCACGUGGCGCAGCCGCUGAGCCCGGCCUCCCACGUGGGUGGCUGCAGGAUGGAGGCCGGGCGGCGCGGCGGGCUGGCGCUGCUCACCGACCUCUACCAGUUCACCAUGGCCUACGGCUACUGGCGGGCAGGGAGGCACCGGGAGCCGGCCGAGUUCGAGCUCUCCUUCCGCAGGUGCCCCUUGCAGGGGGGCUUCGUGCUGGGCGCGGGGCUGGGCGAGUGCCUGGCUUUCCUGCGGGGCUUCAGCCUGUCGCAGGCAGACAUUGAAUACCUGCGGUCAGCCCUGCCCAGCACCACGGACGAGGCCUUCUUCGAUUACCUGAGCACCGUGGACACCUCGGAGGUCACCGUCGCGGCUGUCCCCGAGGGCUCUGUCGUCUUCCCCAGGGUCCCGCUGCUGCAGGUGAAGGGGCCCUUGCUGGUGGUGCAGCUGCUGGAGACCACGCUGCUGUGUCUGGUGAACUACGCCAGCCUUGUGGCCACGAAUGCCGCCCGCUUUCGGCUCCUGGCCGGUCCGGACAAGAAGCUGAUGGAGAUGGGGCUGCGCCGGGCCCAGGGCCCCGAUGGAGCCUUGUCUGCUUCCAAGUACUCCUACGUGGGGGGCUUUGACUUCACGAGCAACGUCCUGGCGGGGCAGCUGUUUGGGAUCCCGGUGCGCGGCACCGUGGCCCACUCCUACAUCACGUCCUUCUCAGUGCUGGCCGAAGCGCAGCCCCGGAUGCUGGCGCCCCGGGCCGGAGGCGAGCCGGUGGACUUCCCGUGCCUUGCCGCAACGUGGCUGGAGCGGGUCUGCCAGCUGCUCUGCGUGCCCCGGGAGGGGGUGAACGAGGGGGAGCUGGCAGCGUUCAUGUCCUACGCCGUUGCCUUCCCCUGCAGCUUCCAGGGGCUGGUGGACACCUACUCUGUCAUGAGGAGCGGUGUGCCCAACUUCUGUGGCGUGGCGCUGGCGCUGGCCCAGCUGGGGUACCGCGCCAUUGGCGUGCGCCUGGACAGCGGGGACCUCGCCCGACAGGCAGCUGAGAUCCGCCGCGUGCUUCGCGCCUGCAGUGUUGAGUUCCAGCUGCCCUGGUUCGAGGCUGUCCCCAUCGCGGUGAGCAACGACGUCAGCGAGCAGAGCCUGGAAGCCUUCGGCAGGGAGGGCAGCGACAUCGACAUGAUCGGGAUCGGGACCCACCUGGUGACCUGCCCACGGCAGCCCUCGCUGGGCUGCAUCUACAAGCUGGUGCAGGUGAGCGGCCGCCCGCGGAUGAAGCUGACGGAGGAGGAGGAGAAAAUGACGCUCCCAGGGUGCAAGGCAGCGUACAGGCUCUGGGAUGCCGCGGGUCACCCCUUCAUGGACCUCCUGGCUCUGGCGGACGAGAGUCCCCCCCAGGCAGGGCAGGAGCUGGAGGUCUGGGUGCUGGGGGGAAGCCUGGAGGCUCUGAGAGUGAUCCCUGCGGCGGCGGAGACCCUGCAUCGCACCUACUUCAAAGAUGGGCAGGUUUGUGAGCUGCUGCCCAGCCUGCUGGCGAUCAGGAGCCACGCCGAGGCCUCCCUGCGCUCACUUGGUCCUGCUCACAAGAAGCUGCGGGAGCCUGAGGCCUACCAGGUGGCCAUGACAGAGAAGCUGCAUGCCCUCCUCCAGGACCUGUGCCAGGCCAGCCAGUGAGCGGUGCCUGCGGGUCCAGGUGAGGCGCAGGGCCUGCUGCAGCUUGCCAAUGCACCAGCCCGGCCUCAGGUGCAGCUCUUCCCUGGAUUUCUUACAGGCCCUGCUUGUCCAGCAUCCUCAUGACUUUGCUCCCUUGAGUGCAUUGCCCUGCGGGGAUGGCUGAAACCACAGCCCUGGGGGCAGAGGGGAAGGAGAGGAUUUGAAAAGCUAGGGGAAGAGCUGAUGCCCGGUAGAUCCCAGCUCCCUAUGGUAUCCCCUCGAGUGGGCAAUGCAGCAGCUUCUCCUGGUCUUGCUGUCUGAGAUCGCAUCUGACCAAGUGGGCUGUUGCUGGUCAAAGCUCGUGCCUCUCCCCCGCAGGCGGUCGAGGUCCUGCCUUGCUUAUGAAGGCCUGGCAGCAUGAUAAGUGCCUUGCAGGCAUGUGCCUUUUGCUGAAGGACCCACUGCAGCUCCAGCAGGUGGGACCAGUUUCAGGUAGCGAUGUUCAGGGGAAUGGUCCUAGCUUACGUCCUGCAGGUGAAAGACUAAGCCUGUGAUUCUCAAGCAAAGCACCCCAGGGUGCUGCAAGAUCCUUUGAAGCAUGCCACCAGCUGAUGCACAAGGUUAGCACUGCAAGGUGUGCAAAACACCCCCGCGUCUCAGGAUAAACCUAGAUUUCAAACAGGAACUGAGUGUCCAAAGCACUCUGCCAUGCCAGGGUCCCUCCAAGCUGUGCCACACAAGGAUGGCUCUCAGGUUUUCUAUAGGAAACAGCUGGUGUUUGCCAAGUUUGAGAAGGGCUGGGCUGGACUCUCGUCCUGAUGCAGCGCUGCCUUAAACCCUGUAUGAAUAUUCACAUGCGUUUUUAUUCCUCUCAACGAGCUUCAGUAGCUAGGAAUUAUUUGGCGCUCAAAGCAAUGUGCAGUCCUGUGCCUUAGCCCACGUAGGGGGUUUUAGCACGGCGCUCUCAGGCUGAGCUGCCUGGCCACAGAGACCGCAACUGGGCUCUGACCAGGUUUCGUGGAAGAGGUCGGAUGGCAUGAGCAUCCCCUGUGCAAUGCUGCUUCAGGAACUGGCUAAAUGGGAAAUGCUGGGCUGCGGCUGACUCUCCAGUCACGCACUACUGAGGGAGCAGGCUUUUUUGGAGCAUUUCCUACUUCCAAGCAAGCAGUGAGCCCUAUUUUUGCAGAAGAGCAGUGGGGGAUAGGGGUGGGCUGCCAGGAGCCGAUGCAGGAAGAAAAUCAGCCAGUGCUUGUCUCCCUACCUGUGUCUGCUUCUGCUAGGGCAGCAUUUCUGGGAAGAGCCUGGGAGGAGAAGCUCCUGCCCCACUGGGGGUAACAGCUCCCAUUUCAAUCUUUGCUGUCAGUGUUGCACUUAGACACUGGAAAACAAGACGUCUUUCCCUG